AUGGGGAGUAGCAAGAAUAAGCUUGCGGCCGAGAGCUGGCCCUGUCUCGACAUUCCAUUGCUUCUUCAAAUAAACUUAAACUUUUCAAAAUUUCCUGGCAAAUACUUCUGCAAACAAUCUGAUGGUUGUUGGAAUUCCAGAAUUGACAAAGAAAAGCAGUUCUGGAGAUUCUUUGCCGGAAAUCUCGCGUCUGGUGGUGCUGCCGGCGCAGCCUCAAUGUGUUUUGUUUAUCCUUUGGAUUUUGCUCGAACACGGCUUGCAGCUGAUAUUGGCAAGGGUGAAAGUCGAGAAUUCAAAGGACUGACCGAUUGCAUUGUGAAAGUUGCCAAAUCGGAUGGUAUUGUUGGACUGUACAGGGGCUUUGUGGUAUCGGUGCAAGGAAUCAUCAUUUAUCGAGCGGCCUAUUUUGGCAUGUUUGACACAGUGAAGACAUUGGUGGCAGCAGAAAAGAAACUAAACUUCUUCUUUGCCUGGAUGAUCGCGCAGGUGGUCACUGUAAGCUCCGGCAUAUUGUCGUAUCCGUGGGAUACAGUGCGUCGUCGCAUGAUGAUGCAGUCUGGCCGUAAAGAUAUUCUUUACAAGAAUUCGUUUGACUGUGCUGUGAAGAUCAUCAAAAACGAGGGCAGUAUGGCGAUGUUCAAGGGCGCACUUUCAAACGUGUUCCGAGGUACUGGUGGUGCCUUGGUCUUAGCAAUCUACGACGAGAUUCAGAAAUAUCUUUGA